UGCUGUUGACUGCUUACUGACAAUAACCAGCUGGGCACUUCACUGGUGAUGUUUUCAUUCUCACCUUGUCCAAUUGGACUUUGCUUAUACUGAUUUUUAAAAAGAGGAAGAAAUCAAAGUGGAGUACCAUAAACUUGACAUGGAUAACAGAAAGAAAGACAAGGACAAGCUGGAUGAAAGAAUUGCACGGCCUAGUGGGAGGUCAGGCCAUAAUCCACAUGGAACUGGUUCUUCAAAUUCUGGAGUGUUAAUGGUUGGCCCUAACUUCAGAGUUGGCAAAAAAAUUGGAUGUGGUAAUUUUGGAGAACUACGGUUAGGAAAAAAUUUAUACACAAAUGAGUAUGUGGCAAUUAAGCUGGAGCCACUGAAGUCGAGAGCACCACAGCUACAUUUGGAAUACAGAUUCUACAAGCAGCUAGGAUCUGGAGAUGGAAUACCUCAGGUUUACUAUUUUGGCCCAUGUGGCAAAUACAAUGCCAUGGUGCUAGAGCUACUUGGACCUAGUCUGGAAGAUUUAUUUGACUUGUGUGGUAGGACAUUUUCUCUUAAAACCGUUCUUAUGAUAGCCGUACAGUUGAUUUCUCGUAUGGAAUAUGUGCAUUCAAAGAACUUGAUAUACAGAGAUGUAAAACCGGAGAACUUCUUGGUUGGACGACCUGGAAACAAAACCCAGCAAAUUAUUCAUAUUAUAGAUUUUGGUUUGGCAAAGGAGUAUAUAGAUCCAGAAACAAAGCAGCACAUACCAUAUCGAGAACGGAAGAGCCUUACAGGAACAGCUAGAUACAUGAGUAUAAAUACGCAUUUAGGAAGAGAGCAAAGUAGAAGAGAUGAUUUAGAAGCUUUAGGUCACAUGUUUAUGUAUUUUCUAAGAGGAAGCCUUCCGUGGCAAGGUUUAAAGGCUGAUACAUUAAAAGAACGUUACCAGAAAAUUGGAGACACAAAACGAGCAACCCCCAUAGAAGUGCUGUGUGAAAACUUCCCAGAGGAAAUGGCUACAUACCUACAUUAUGUAAGAAGCCUAGAUUUUUUUGAAAAGCCGGACUAUGACUACUUAAGAAAGCUUUUCACAGACUUACUUGAUCAGAAAGGCUAUACAUUUGAUUAUGAAUAUGACUGGAUUGGCAAACAGUUGCCUGCUCCAGUGGGUUCAAUACAUUCAGACCCUGCACUGUCUUCAAACAGAGAAGCAUAUCAUCACAGAGAUAAAAUGCAACAAUCCAAAAAUCAGUCAACAGACUAUAGGGCAGCUUGGGACUCACAGCAAGCCAAUCCACAUCAUUUGAGGGCUCACCUAGCAGCUGACAGACAUGGUGGCUCAGUACAGGUGCUGCUGUUUUUUCAAGCGGAAGAAAAGGAAAAUCAUUCAAUGCCACAAAUGACUGGAACCAAGCAGAACAUGGGAAAUUGCUCAUUUGUUCAACUGCUGUCUUGUGAUCUUAAAAAAAAACAAACAAACCCAAAUCCAAAACAAAACCAGAACCAAACAACCCCCUCAUCCCUCUGUAAUGACCACAUGUUUUCCAAGGACUCCCUUACAAACAAUGUCAUGCCUGUGUGCUUUGAUUUGGUUCUCCUGCAUCCAUCUUUUUAUUCAUCUAUUCUGAAAGCUUCAAGGUUUUGUCAAAUAUGAGUGCUUCUUUGACCAUCCACAAAUGGACCAGUGAAAUGGUACAAAUGAACAGUAUCUUCAGCAAAACUAAAUUUGAAAAGUAUUUCUCCUGUCCUAGGAAGUACUAGCUAGUGUCUUAGCUGAAGACAGAUGUCAUAAAUCUGUUAUUUGAGUUCAUAGCAGCAGUUUCCUUCAAAAUGCAGAAGAGAGAGAUGCGCAACAGAUUUCUUUUGUGACACCUACAUUGAUUUAUUUUUUUUCUUUUGUCCCAGUAUUACUGGUGAUACUGUAGUCAAAUUUUGUUAUGCCUACAAUGGAACUGCAGUACAGUAGAAAUUACAACAGUGUUUGUACAAAGAAUACAGAAUUUUGUAUGAUUUAAGUUGUGCUUCGAGUAAUGUUAGUAAGAUUGAAAUACCUUCAAAAGAGAUCUACAGAGGAAUUACAAAAGAAAUAAAUGUGAAUCUGGUUAAAGUGGAAUCAGUGUUAAAGGCUGUAUGUUCACUAAGGUAACUGAUGAUUGACAAAAUCUUUAACUUGAAAAUAUGGAUGUGCCAUGUAAUGUUAGAGAACUGUUUCUAAAUUAUUUUACUCUUUAAUUUAGAAAACAUGUAAUGUUUUGCAAUGCAAUGGAAGUGAAUGAGACUUCUCCCUUCUCUCUGUCCUAGCCCAUAGCACCCAAAAUUUCCUGAGAUUUCUUUUCCUGGAAAUUUCUUGUCUUUCAGUGUAAUGUCACUACUAUAAUAGGAUGGCAAGGGUGUGUCAGGUACUUCCCCACAGUCCAAUGAAGUGCCUGCAAUAUAAACAAACCAGCAGUUCUGUAGGCAAGGCAGCCCAUUUUAUAUUUUCUUCUUCAGAAAAUAUAUGCUUCUUUUAAAGCCAUAAUGACAGAGGUGUGCUUUUGUUAUGUUUAGCUGUCAGUUACUCAAGAAGGGGUGUGAAAGAUGGAAGUGGCUAGACAGAUUUGUUGACCAAAAUUCAGAUUAUGUCCAUUUUUUUAAAUUCUGCUAGAGCCAAUUAACAUUUUUUUUUUUCUAUCCAUACGUCCCUUUUGGCAUACUUAUGUAUUUUUAAUCUGUUAUGUGGUAGCAUUUAACAUACAUAUUAAAAUAAAUGCACACCUUUGAAUUCAUUAUUGCAUUUGCAAGGGCUUUAAUUGUAUUUUGUAAUUUAUUUUUCCUUAACAGCCAAAAGUGUAUUUUGUUGUUUGGAUUAUGUGCUCAUAUGUAUACUUUGAUCUUUGUCAUUAUUACUGUUCAUGAUCUUAAGUUUUUGUUUUAAAAAAGUGAACUUGGCCUACAAAUACGUACUGUAUAACAGGUCAUAAAUUUCUACUCCACCAGUUUGUGUUAUUGAUUAUCUCAAACUCAUGGAAGUUACUUCUUUGUUUUUAUUUGAGCUGAAAGGUAGGUUACUUGACCAUUCUCAUAUGAAAACACAUCCUUCUUUGUAGAACUUGACCAACUUUCUUGCUUUGUAAGAUUUGUAAGUACAUGUGGUUAAGUAUAUUUCUCACAUACCUGAUUAGUUUUAUUCUCAGAGGUUUUUGACCUGUACAUUGUUUGUAUGGUCUGAAGUCCAUACACAUAACAAGAAAGUGUGUAUAUUAUGGACUUAAAACAUUUGAAUAUAUAAAAGCUGUUUAUUUGCUGAAAUGACCAGUAUCUAGGCAGUUGCUUGUCAACAUUUUUUUUUUUUAAGUGCUUGAUUUUAAUGCUGAAGAAGGUUUUCUUCUAGCAAAGCAAAGUGGUCAGUACUCAUGUGGUUAUGUUCAGGUUAUGCCAAUAUGAUCUGCAUUUAUUUCCUUUUCUUUUUUGUCUAAACUAAUGGAGUAAACAUUGGCUGGAUGUCUAAAAAUGAAAUACAUCCCUGUUUAAAUGUAAGACAAAAAAAUAAAGAUAGUUUUUUAAAACUU